AUGUGGAAAAUAUUUGCCGGCCUCUGCAUCCGUCGGCCCGCAGUCGUGACCCCCCAGUUGUCGCCCCUUCAGCGUCAAAUACAGGAGUUCUUUGCGGAGGUGGAGGUCCAGCGGAGCCAUCUUUCAGCGCACGAGGUGCGCCACCGCAAUGACCUGGAGCACAUGGCAAAGAUGGCACAGGAAAACCAGGAGAGCAAGCAGAGUACUACGCGCCACCAGACUUCCCGUGAUAACGCUGCCGCUUCUCUGCUUACUGCCAAGGACAUGGAAUUGGUUUGGGAGGCUGCGGCGAAGGAGUUCUGGAAGGAGCUGGGAUCUGUUCCCCAGUCUGAAGGUGUGAAUGAGUCAGCAUCAAUAGGAGAACGGAAUGAGACGGGUGUCACUUCAACGGCCACUGCGUGGCGCAAACUGGACCGUAUUUUGAUCCUUCUCACCCGUCAACGCCUUGGAAAGUCCUUCAACUGGGGCCUCCCUGUUGUUGAAGUUACUGGGACUUCCACACUGCGUUCUGCCGCGGAAGAUCUUGCAAGAGUUCUCCUUCCCCCAGAAGCGCAAUGCAUGAUCGUUGGAAAUGCUCCAGUGGCGGUGCAUAAAUACGCCUAUCGCAUCGACGAGGGGAAGGAGAAAGGACGGAAACAGGGUGUUCAGAUGUACUUUCUGAACGCCUACGUGAAUAAACUGUGGCACGGAGAGAACGUCCGAGCAGAAGAGGCACCGGAUGGGAGGAGUGGCGAAGCGAAUUUCGCGUGGACGUGUAUCGAGGAAAUGGAUGACUUCAUCACCGAUAAGCAGUUCCUUCGACGCCUGCGGACUUUCAUUGUGGAGUACUGA